AUGCCGAGUAUAGACCCUAGUGUUAUUACCCACCGUUUGAAUGAAUGUCCUUCCUCCAAGCUUGUGCGGCAAAAGAAGAGGGUGUUUGCCCCUAAGAGAGAUAGUGCAAUCAAGGAUGAGGUCCAAAAGCUGAUGGUAGCAAAGUUCAUUCGGGAAGUGUACUACCCGGAUUGGUUGGCCAAUGUAGUAAUGUUCAAAAAAGCAAAUGGAUACAAUCAGAUAAGAAUGGACGAGGCUGACCAAGAGAAGACAUCUUUUGUCACCAGUCAAGGCUUAUUCUGCUAUAAGGUGAUGCCGUUUGGUUUAAAGAACGCAGGGGCGACAUAUCAGAGGUUGGUCAAUCACAUGUUUCGUCCGCAGAUUGGGCGAAAUGUGGAAGUCUAUGUAGAUGACAUGCUGGUGAAAAGUCAGGACGAAGGAAGGCAUCUAGACGACCUGCAGGAGACAUUUGAAACAUUAAGGCAGUAUCACAUGAAGCUGAAUCCUAGCAAAUGUGCCUUUGGAGUAUCAUCAGGGAAAUUUCUUGGCUUUAUGGUAUCCCACAGGGGAAUUGAGGCGAAUCCAGAUAAAAUUCAAGCAAUAUUGGACAUGAAGCCACCGCAAAAUACCAAGGAAAUUCAAUCCCUCACUGGACGAGUUGCUGCGCUUAAUAGGUUUGUCUCCAAAGCUACUGAUAAAUGUUUGCCAUUUUUUAAGUACCAAGCGACUAAUAAUGAAGUCGAAUAUGAAGCCCUCCUCAAAGGGCUAGAAUUGGCUAAGUCUGUGGAAGCCAAGUCCAUAUGUGUCAUGGGGGAUUCUCAACUGAUCAUGGGACAAGUGAAUGGGAUGUAUGAAGCGAAGGAAGAACGAAUGAAAAAAUACCUUGGAAGGGUGAUGCGCCUUGUGAAAAGAUUUGAAAACGCUGACUUCAUUCAAAUCCCAAGGGAAGAGAACAUGGAAGCUGAUACUAUAGCGAAAGAAGUCUCAGCAGAUGAAUCAUUAAAGAAGUCAGAUGAAGUUCAAUAUAUGCCAAGUAUAGAUGUCCUAGAAGUACAACAGGUGGAUAACAGAGAGAAUUGGAUGACUCCCAUUAUAUCAUACUUGAAAGACGGACGACUGCCAGAAGAGAAGGACGAGGCCAGGAAGGUGAGGGUGAGAUCAGCUAGAUAUGUCCUUAUGAAUGAAGUGCUAUACAAGAGAGGUUUCUCUCAACCAUACCUUAGAUGCUUAGCUUCAGACGAAGCAAACUACGUACUGAGAGAAGUUCAUGAAGGGGCAUGUGGUAAUCACUCAAGAGCCAGAUCACUUGUCCACAAGGUCGUCCGUGCAGGGUAUUACUGGCCGAACAUGCAAGCUGAUGCUAAAGCAUACGUUAAGGUCUGCGACCAGUGCCAGCGAUUUAGCAAUGUCCCCAGGCAACCAUCGGAAUACCUCACCCCAAUGGUGGCAUCGUGGCCCUUCGCACAAUGGGGACUGGACAUUUUGGGUCCCUUCCCUUUGGGAGUAAGGCAGAUGAAGUUUUUAGUGGUUGGCAUCGAUUAUUUCACCAAAUGGGUGGAAGCAGAACCGUUGGCAAAUAUCACACAACAGAAUGUGAAAAACUUCGUGUGGAAGAACAUUGGUGAUGAUGUAUCAAGACAAGGAUAA